GAGCCACACUUAACGUAACAGCGUGUUCGGCAGAGUGACUGUGUGUGAGAGAGGUUGAGAAAAGUGCUGUGGUGACAGAGGAAGUGAGAGCAAAAGUGAGAGAGAAAGAGCUAAACAUGCAAAAGAAAGCUGGAGAGGAUCUACUUGUUCGUAACAAACCUAUAAACCUUAAAAGCAUGCUGUAACUUUGUAUGGAAGGAGGAGUGGAGGUGGAAGUCAUUUUUGGAGGUCAUGGCAAACACCACUUCAAACUGUACGAAUGACACCCAGUCUAACAUUGGCGAAUUACAGAUGGUGCUGUUUGGCACACUCAUGUCUGUUCUUGUUUUGGUAAUUGUCUUUGGCAAUGUGUUGGUGAUUACAGCCAUUGGCCGCUUCCAACGACUCCAGACCGUCACAAACUGUUUCAUUACGUCACUUGCGUGUGCAGACCUGGUCAUGGGAUUGGUGGUGGUGCCUUUCGGCGCCCUUAACAUCAACCUUGGCAUUUGGCACUUCGGCAGAUUCUGGUGUAAUUUCUGGAUGGCCACUGAUGUUCUGUGCGUCACGGCCAGUAUCGAGACGCUCUGUGUCAUCGCUAUGGAUCGCUACCUUGCCAUAACAUCCCCCUUCCACUACCAGUCCUUACUGACGAAGAGCAGAGCUCGCAUCAUUGUGCUGCUGGUGUGGGUCAUCGCCGGGCUCAUUUCCUUCCUACCUAUCUAUAUGGACUGGUGGAGUGAUGACAAAGCAGACUGCUGCUUACAGAAUGAUAACUGCUGUGAAUUCCUCACCAAUAGCCCCUAUGCCAUCAUCUCAUCCAUAGUUUCUUUCUACAUCCCCCUGGUGAUCAUGAUUUUCGUCUACAGCCGUGUCUUCCAGGAGGCAAGGAAGCAGCUGAAGAAGAUAGACAAAAGUGAGGGACGAUUUCAUGCUCAAAACAACAGCAAAAUGCAAGAGGUUGCAAGCAGCCACUGUGAGGCAAGGACCGCCAAGAAGCCCAAGUUCUGCCUGAAGGAACAUAAAGCUUUGAAGACUUUGGGCAUCAUCAUGGGUAUAUUUACGCUGUGUUGGCUCCCAUUCUUUGUACUACAUGUAAUCGUGAACAUUAUAGAUUGUAAAAAAAUGUUCCAUAUUGACCUUAUAGUCAAAAUCUUAAAUUGGAUAGGUUACGCUAACUCAGCAUUUAACCCACUGAUCUACUGUAGAAGUCCAGAGUUUAGGUAUGCUUUCAAGGAGAUUCUAUGCCUUAACAGGUCACGUUACCCUAAUGUUAAGCCAGUCAAUGGAUAUAUAUAUAGUGGACACAGCUGGCAAAGUGACCACCGAGGGCGAAGCAAAGGCAGCUCAGAGGACAGUGACCCAGCUGAGAGAGAGGGACGCAUGUCAGCAGAUAAAACAGACUCUAAUGGGAACUGCAGUAAAAACCUAAUGAGUGUGUUGUAAAUCACCUUGCGAGUUCUGGAUCGUUCUACUGUGACCUCUCAAUGUGUCACAUAAGGACAGGUUAACCCUCCUCUGGUAAGUGACCAAUAGUAAGUUUGUGUUGGAAAAAGGGACAUUUUUAAACAUUUGUUUUUCUCAUCUACCUCAUAGCUUUCUCUUAGAUUCACUUGCUCUAUCAGCUCAUUUCACCACUCAAAUAGGUUUGCGCGCUCAAAAAAUAGCUUCAGCUAAAGAAAAAUACAAACUCAAUGCUAAAAAUGUUUAUCAAUUCAGUUUAUCAAUCUUUUUUUUUUCUUUGAUAGCAUCGGAAAAGAACUUUGAAGUGGAUGUUCAGUAAAGGGAACUCCCUCCUGAGUCAUGUUUCUGUCGUCUUGCAUAAAGUGAGGAACUGAGUUUCAGUUUGAAAGAAUAUUUUCUUGCAUUAGAUCAACAGAUUAAAUCAGGUAUAGACAUCUGAAGCAUUUUCACUCUAAUAUAGUUAAAUUAGGAUGCUUAAAUAUGAAAUAAUUCAGACUACAACAAGCAUUACUUCACAAGUGUCAGGUUCAUGUCUGUAAAA